AUGACAGAGACAACUUCUGCUGACAAGACAUUUGCUGCCGGCCUGAUGCGUAUUCUAGAGCCAAUCACAACCGAAUACGACCAUCAAAUACGAGAAAUUCAACUCAGUCAAACCAAACUUGCAGAACAGAUUGACAAUCUUUCUAAGAAACUUGAUCAAUGCAAAGAAGAUGCACAAUUUAUAAACGUUACUCCCUACUUGCAGAAAUUAGCAAACUCACGGAAGAAAGUCAUUAACAUUUCCACCACUCUUGGACACAUUUCGGAUCGCUUGAAUAGACUCAACAAGCUUGCCAAACAAAAGUAUCCAGAGCUCGAACAACUCAGACAACAACGAGAGCGAAUGAAGCAACAAACAACACCCACCACUCCUAAAUUAUCAUCCCAACCACAAACAGAGAUUUUCAAUCCUUCCUCAUCGAUCACAACACCAUCAUCAGAAAACACAGAACCUUCAUCGGCAUCAUCAUCAGCUUCCAGUCUUCAGCAAAAUCCACCAACAACUACUGUUCCUUCAAGCCGUAAUGAACAGCAAGUGGAGGCAUGGUCUCUGACCGAACAAGAUAGUAGUAAUCCAAGAAACGAAUCACCACAAGAAGAGCAACAACAAGAAACAUCUUCAUCACAACAACAAGAACAACACGAGGUGGAACAAACACCAUCACCAACCAAUAAUGAUACCCAAGGUGGUGAUGAUCAUCAAUAA